CAAGUUUCGGUUUUGCCGGGAUUCAUGCCAUCUGUUAAUCCAUGGUUCGUCACGAAAGGCGAUCAAACUACAUUUUUUCUACCUCAAGCUGUAGAUCAUUCCAAAGUAGUUGAAAACUAUGACCAUGAAACUGAUGGGCUGAAAUAUUUUGCGACAAGAUUGGAUUCCGUGCCGUUUGUCUUUGCUAAAACAGUAACAUUUGAAUGCUUGAAUAAAUCGUAAAGUGGCUUUGAAAGUGUGUGGUCACAUCAACGAACGUGCGGUGGUUGAACUGGACGUUAACUGACCUCAUCACUGGUUAGUCACUGUUUCGACACAUGAAGCGCAGACGAUGGAGAAAAUACUUAAUUUCUGGAUUGCUCAUCAUCCUUUUUCUAUUCCUGUUGCAACUUUUCUUGGUGUUGUUUAUCCCCAACGUGAGCGUGGCCAACUGGCAUGAUUGGGUAUUCGUAGCGAGACUCCGGCACGGAGAGAUUGAAGCGGAGCAAGCACGGCGUGUUCAGUGGGACGAUGCACGGGGAAGAGACCACCGCAGGCCCGGCAGACGGCCGUUUCGAAGACCGAUCAACAGAAAGCCCGGAGGAAUCAGACAACAGCCAGUUAAAAAUGCCACUGAAAGGAUUGAUCCUUCCAUUCAAGAUGACCCGUCCAUCCAAGCCAAGUUGUCACUACUUCAGCGACCAUGGAGCCCAGAAUCACGAGCGGACUUGUUGGAGUUGUUAGAACCCAGUUUAUUCUCUGAUCAGAUAGAUCCAGUCAGUGAUAGCCUGUGCUAUUUACCUCCAGUCAAACCGCCUGAUAUGUGUGGACAUACCGAGUGGGAAUGUAGUCUCCAUCCAACAUUUGUUCAGCAUGACAGAGUUAACAGAACCCUACAGGUAUCUUGCCCGGGAGAAUUCCGCAUUAACUUUGUCUCGAGAGAAGAGAGCGAGACCAGACUUCCAAACCAUCAAUUUAUACCGGAUCGAGUGUGGCACACCUACCAGGGACCCACAAUAGUGCCUUUUCCAUCACAGUAUGCAGACGUUGUGUGUCCAAAAAGAGUUGGAGAUGAUGUCGUUGACCAGCAUAACUACAGGACACAGUUCAUCCCAAACGUCACCGCUAAGAGAGAGCAAAUGAAAAAAUUUGAAAAACUGACUGCAUCCUCCGCUGAUUGGCAGCCUCUUUCCAUACUGUCCAUCAACCUAGACUCCAUGUCAAGGCCACAUUUCCAUCGACCCUGUGGAUUGCCCAAGACAGCUCAGCUUAUUAGAGAUCUGUAUUACUCUCACAUGCCAGAUAAGGGUGUUAGAAAUAACCGAUCAACUCACCAAGUGUCUUCCCAUCAGGCCUUUCUCUUCAAUCGUCUCAACUCCGUGGGGGGUGUCACGGCCAUGAACCUCACACCAUUAUAUGCCGGCAAGUAUUUACGGAGAAGUGACGAAGAAAGAAGGGUAUUGCUACACAGAUACCCUCUUAAAAUCAAGGAAUGGAUUUGGGACUAUGCUAAUAGUCUUGGCUUCCUGACGAGUUACGGGGUAGACACGGGCAAUGGAUUAUUCGGUACACGGACUGUGUGCAAGACAUGUACUAACAGACCAGGGUCAUUGCCUCAUUGGGAGGACGGAUGGGUCAAGCAAGAAAACAAACAGAUUCGUCCAGGUGUUCUGGCAGGGCUGUGUGAUGGUGAUACCUUCAUUCAUGAACACAUCAUGAACUACACACAGGAUUUCUUGAAUUCGGACUACUCUGCUAAAUGGGCAGCCUUUGACGUCAAUGCCAAACACAGACCAGAACCUGACUCAGCUACUCAGAUUGAUGAUAGCUUGGUCCGUCUUUUGACAGAGCUGAUGAAGUCUCAACCAAACCUUGUCAUUUUUCUGUUUGGUGAUCAUGGUGACCGUUACCAUGGCAAUCACACUGACCAUCCAGGGAGCUACCUUGAGAUUUUCCUUCCCUUUCUGAGCAUAAUUGUCCCUAGAUACGUAAUGGAGAAACACCCUGACUGGGAGAGAAAUCUACUGAUCAACAGUCAGAGAUAUAUAGUUCACUAUGAUCUUCAUCACACCAUGAAAUCUCUCCUUCACUACCCAGCCUUGCACAAUGUAUCCGGACAUCUCUCCAAGCACUCCUACAAUCUCUUUACCCAGGUUGUAGCAAGAUCGAGGACUUGCAGUGGUGCCAACAUACCGUAUUGGAGCUGUGUUUGCGGCGGUCCAAAGUUUUUGACACAAGACAGAUGGACAGACGAACAUUUUUCACUAGCAAAGGCAGCUGUAGAUGAGAUCAACCAGAAACACUCAAAGGAUGCCUUACUGAAACAAGAUCCCACCAACAAUAACCUCACAACAACUUGCAUGGACAUCAAGCUAGCUAACGUCACCAGCAUUGCAGCCUAUGAGCAUGAAUACGCCGGCGUCUUCACAGCUUACUACCACAUCACGUUCACAUCCAACGAAGGGCCAUCAGUUUGGCAAACAACGAUCGAUAACAAAGCAACUGUUGACUCGCUGAAGCAAGUUUCCCAAUACCGAAAGUAUGAAGACUGUCGGGAUGACCGAGUCUCCAUUGAAUUCUGCAUUUGCCGUCAGUUUCCACCAGGGACACCAUAGCAACGGGUCAUGUUGUAUUCUUCAUUAUCACACGCGACAUUUUGUUUCAUCAGAGGUUUUCUUUAAACCGUUGUCUCCAUUAAAAGGUUUUGGAAAAGUUGCAGGUUUGUUUGCGAUACCAAAUCAAACACAAUAGCUUGGUUGUGUCUUGCAAGACAAAAGUUUGAAAAUGAAAAGAAAAAUUGAAAUAGAAGUGUCCUGGAUUAAAGUUGCCAUAGGCUAUUCCUGAAACCAUCAUAUUCCAACACCCCAGCUGUCCAGUGGUAUGUAUUCAACCUACAAGGAGCUGUCAUUCCCUGUGUUGAGUGACACACCGUGAGCUGUAUACGUGUAGUCCCAAGUCUGUCAAAAUCUAUCAAAACAAGGUGUGAGGUUUUGACAGAAUUUGGUGGUUUUUAGAAUUACAAACAUUUUCUUAGACUAUUAGGCAAAUUCACUUUUGUUUUGGUAUUUAUUGUUACUUGCAACUGUCUUGACUAUUAGCCAAGACGAUGGAUAGAUUUACAUUACCUUUACUUAAAAACACAAAAACUGUAACUUUGAAUUAUAAAACAUUGCACACUUCGUCAAUAAAUAACACUGAGAAAACGGAUGUAACAAUUUUCACCCAAGUUGCAAAGCUUAAAGUUUGGAGGGACUGGAGUGACCUUUGCUCUUUUUUCAUACAAUAAAGCGUGGUUUCCGUAUCAGCGUGAGAAACACAGAGAGCAACGCAAUCAAAAUGCAAACUGGAACUGGCAAAUGGAAACCAUGUCAAACGGACAUGUCGCCACAAACGCAAACUGGUCCCAGACGUUGAGCCCAAUUCAACUUUGACGCCUGACUGCGUCAAGUUGCUGAGUAGGCCUAUAGAAUCACACACGCUGGCAUGACUGGCAUACAAUGUUCCUUAGUGCCACUCCUUUUGUCAAUUUUCUCCUUAUUACUAAAACAUGCAGCCCUAAUUGUCAACAAAAUAGCUUACCAUAAACAAACUACAUCUAACUGGAGUAUCAGUUUGGCUUCAAGAGGCAACAUUGCCCCUAAAAAAAGGCAUUUUUGGGGGGGGAAAUUGUCCGAGUUUCGAACGCCAUUUUGUUUAAUUUUUUGGGUGUUGCACUACAAAUGACCAUAUGGAAACCAGGCUUCACAGGCCCUGCUAGGUGACAUACCUUCUUUGUCUGUUUACUAAUGCAUUUGUGAAACUUUCUAAGACAGUGCAACAAAUUAUUCAUGCAGACUUGUUCAAAUAAGUUACACUGAACAGAAAAAAAGGUAUUUACAAUAAACCAUGAUGACACAGGUAUGAAAGAACGAUGUCAUUGGUCUUUAAUUGAGUGGGCCUUGAUCAAACCAGCCCAGAGAAAAUAAAAUUUGUAAGCCAUGAUACGAACUGUAAUAAAAUUAUUGCUCAAAGAUGAGCCGUAUGUUUCUGAAUAAAAACCAAGGUUUGAACAACAAAGUUACCAGGGGUGUGAGUGGUCACUUUAAAUUAAAGCUGAAAAAAAUUG